CACUUACAUGAAUAUCGAGAGCUCACACCCUGAAAACGAAUAAGUUUAAAAUGUGCUCAAGUCCGGAGAAUUUGCCGACCAAAGAGGGCUCCUCCGAGAACAUUAUCCAAACGGAAGGCCUGGGCAAUGACCUCAUAGACAACAUUUUGAAGGAGCACGCUGAGCGUGGUCUCCACCACGAGUCGGACUCGAUUGCAUCUUCAUGUUUGGGUCCCUCGUCAGGAAAAUGUAGGACUAAAGUGGACCGUCGACUGGAGUACUGGAAGAACAUGAUUGUUCAGCGGCGGGCAUUGCAAGAGAGGCUGCGGAACCAGGUGGGCAGGAUUCCAGAAAAGAUGAUCUUCAAUCGCCAGGGGAACGUUGUGAGGGUUUUUGGUGAGACUGUAGGUCUUCCAAGACAUUCUGCUGCUGAAUUGCUGGGGGGAAAAGAUCCAAAAGAGGAGGAUGACAACGAGGGUUUACCCAAAAUCUCUAGUCUAGAGGUGCUGGGCAGGAGGUACCAGGACUGUCAGAAGGCCCUUCUGACUGUUCCCUACCCAAAAGUCACUUAUAACGAUCGCUCCGUUGAACUCUUCAAGUCGAGUGGAGGAGACGAGGUCCAGCAAUCGCCGAUUGAACCAAGCGUCCGUAUCAACGGAGUCCAUUACUGGCCACGUGUUCCGGCAUUCUCGCCACUGGCGGAUAGAACCUUCACUUGCCAUCCCUUCCAGCGCCACUUGCGCAGCAUAGUUCGCAUCGAGAAUAGCGGAAGCCAAGAAGUACAGUUCAGUUGGAGACAGGUCAACUUCUUCUCGGGCAACGACACUCUGAUGGAAGCCUGUUCCGGAGAUUUUGUGUUUGAUGUGGGCCCCUUCAUGCUUUCUCCGGGCGAGUUCCGGGAUGUUACCGUUCUGUACCAGCCCCGCUUCGUGGCCAUCGUCAAGCAGCGCUGGCUGCUCUGCACCAGACCUCGGAUCUUCCUCUGCCGACCCUAUGGCUUCACGUUGAACCUAAACGGUCGCUGCACUCCGCCCAAGGAGUACCUGGACCGCCUGCAACUGGAGAGACUACCGCGAGUUCCUUGCUUGCCGCCAGUGCCACUGGAGCGGCAGGGCGAGAUCCUCUGUCCAUAUGCCCGGGAGCUGGAGGAGCGAGAGGCCUUCAACCGGCGCAACAGAAGCUUCCAGUGCCGCACACACGAGGACUUGGAGCGCCUGAAGGAGUUUUGCGAGCGGGUGAGUCUUUCGCCUUCGUAUUCCCGCCCCUGGGACUACAGUGUGCACUCGCUCAUUCAUCGGGUGUGUCAUGGUCAGGACACCCGGCAGCGCAUUGAGCACCUGUCCGAACUAACCCGCCUGCUCGACGGCUUGCGAGGAGCACCUGAUCCACCACUCGGCAGGGUGGACUUACCUGAAAGGUUGAGGGAACGCCACCGCACAAAGAUGAUUUAUGUGCGGGGAAUAAUCGCCAGUUGCUUGGAGGAAUGGCACGAGAGGAUUGCCAAGGACUUAACUGUCAAGGACUCAAUCUACUUCCAGUUGUACGGACUGUUGUGCAAUGCGGCAGAGGACAUUGUGUCGGUGAUCGAGAGCACGGCUCAGAUUUAG